GUCAUUUCAAACGAAUCCCCUCUACGAAUCGAAUCAAACAGCUAGGGUUUCGUCUCCCCCCAUCUCUCCGCCCCAGUCUCCAUGGCCGCCGCCGCCGACGCGUCCGCCGAGGCCGCGGCCAUCGCGCGGCGCCUGGCCUCAUGCAACGGCUCGGCCCGGGAGCGCGCGGUGCGGCACCUCCUCUACACGUUCCUCCCGGCCUCCGCGGCGCAGCUCUCCGCCUCCGACCUCCUCAAGCUCUGGAAGGGCCUCUUCUUCUGCUUCUGGCACUCCGACAAGCCGCUCUACCAGUCCUCCCUCGCCACCCGCCUCGCCGCCGGCGUCUCCUCCGGCCCCUCGCCGGCCUCCGCCGCCGCCUUCUUCGCCGCCUACCUCGCCACGCUCCGCCGCGAGUGGGCCCACAUCGACACCCACCGCCUCGACAAGUUCUACCUCCUCAACCGCCGGUUCCUCCACCACGCCUUCCUCCUCCUCGGCGCCAACUCCUUCGGCCCCGACCUCACCACUCAGGUCAUAUCGAUCCUGUCAGAAAAGGCACUCCUUCCAGAGGCGGACAACGUAGCUGCCGGCUCCCCUCGUGGCCUUGGGUACCAUGUUGCCGAUGUGUUUCUGGACGAGCUGUUGCCGCUGCUCCCGGUGAGCUUACCGACAAUGGAGUUACUGCUAUCUCCUUUCUUCACUGUGUUGGAGAAGUCAUCCGAUAGGGUGAUGGUGGCUAAGGUUAAAUCUAGUGUGUUUGAGAGGUUCCUGGAGAGCGGCAAGCAAUUGCUUGAAAUGGCGAAGAAAGGGGAGGGAGUGGAGAAGGGGAGUGCAGAGGAGAAGCUUGGGAAGAUUGGUUUGUUGUUUGGGUUCAGCAAGAGGUUCUCGGAUAUUGGGGCGAAGCCAGAGACUGUGCAAGCAAACCGAAAAGUGUUGUUUGGGUUGAGGGAUGCGUUUGUGAAGGUCGAGAAAGGAUUGGAGCUCUCUGGGGUUGAGAUUGCUGUGCCAGAGUUUGAGAAUACUGAUGCGCCAGCAGUGACAGGGGUGGACAAGAACAUGGAUUUGGAUGAGGUGAAGGUGGAAAAGAAGAAGAAAAAAGCAAAAAAGGCUGCAUUGGUUGAAAGUGAGGAGGAGGAGGCCAAGGCUUCGAAGCAAGGGAAGAAGGUCAAGAAGGAGAAGAAAGAGAAGAAGAAAAAGAAGAAGGUCGAAGUUGUUGAUGGGGGAGAUGUUGCGGAACAUAGUACAGACGCUCCUGCCAAGGAGGAUCAACAGAUGGGUGAUGGUACUGAUGCCAUUACAUUUGAUGAGACAUUGAUGUCCAAUCUCCAGAAGCAAUUUGAAAAGGCCGCAGCAGAAGCGGGGAUGGUCAAUGGAGGUGGCGACUCAAGUGUUUCGCCGGUUAGUAGCAAAGCCGCAAAGAAAAGGAAGCGAGCAAAAUCUGCAGAUAGGCUAGCAGCUUCUGAUGGAGAUGAUGGCAGCAGCGAAAGUAAUGCUAUUUCCCAGGACGGAGAGAAGAGUGGUAAGAAAGUGAGGUUCUCAAUGAAGAAUAAUCUAGUUUGGAAGCCUCACAAUCCUUUGCCACCACAGUGUUUGAGACUGCCACCAUCUGCUACUCCAAGAGGGAGUGCACUUAAAAAGGGUGUUCAGCCUGGGCCUAUAAAAGAAACACCCACACCUUUGAAGAAGACUAAGCCAAAAGCAAAAUCUGCAAAGAAGGUCUUGAAGAAGCCUUCCUCAGCCGUGAAGCGCUUGCGGAAGUUGCAAAAUUUUUCUGCAUGAACUCUUCUAUGGAUUGACACUGCAGCGAUCGUGCCUUCCGUUGUGCCUUUUCAAUUCUGUUCUAUUAUUACUUAAUUCUUCACCUUGUAGGUUAGUCUUAUACACUGUUGACUCUGCAACAUUUUUAUAUUUAUGGAUUGUUUAAUGUUAUGCCCUGUCAUAGUGCAUUCAUGGUAAUCAUGUGGUGAUCAUUCAUUGGUAUUAACACUAACAGUAGCCAUUUUGAUCUGGA